UGUGCAGAUGAAUUCCCACAGUAACUAAGUUCCAGCAGCCCUAUCUCUUCUGGUGUUCUAGCCUUGCUGGUCUUCUCAGCACAGAGAGAAAUAGCUAGAUAGGUAAUUAGCCAAAAAUUAUUGAAUAAAGAAAAGGACAAAGCUCACAUGACCCAAAACCCCAUAUCCUUCAUAUCAUGGGUCCCUAGCUAGCUAGCUAUGUAUAACAGUUUCUUCUUCUCCCUCAGUCCCCUCGCUCCCUUCUUUCUUCUCAAGAAGAAAAACUGAAGACGGAUGUGUUUUUCUGCUUUCUUCUCACUUCUGAAGAACAUCUAGCUCAGCUUCAUCAAUGGAGGGUUCGAGUGAAAGAAGCCACCGGCCCUUUUACUGUGGGACUCAAACUGAGAGCUAGAUAGAGCUCCCUUUUGGCUCUCUCUAAGUCUCUAGGGCCUCAGAGAUCUAAGCAAUUAACUGGGUAGUUGCUCCAGGUAGGGUUUUGAAUCAUAUUGCUCCAGAUCCAGGAAUUGAUAUAGGCUGAAAUUGGAGGUGGGUCAUGGAGUACUUUGUGCAAGGAGAUCAAAAAGGGUAUUCUGAUAAAGAAGAGGAUCAAGAAGAGGAAGAAGACAAGAACCACAUCAUUAACAGUAAGUACUUAUCUCCUUCUUACAAUUAUGGGUCAUCAUCAUCCUCCUCCCAAACCCCAGAAGCCAUAAACUUCAUGGACUUGUCACUAAGAAAUGCGAAAGACAACAACAACAACGAUUGGCCCCCAAACAGUGAGCGAGAGCACAUGUUUGACAAAGUUGUUACUCCAAGUGAUGUGGGCAAGCUCAACCGUUUAGUGAUCCCAAAACAACAUGCCGAGAAGUACUUCCCACUUGAUUCGUCCACCAACGAGAAGGGUCUGUUAUUAAACUUCCAGGACCGGACUGGGAAGCCGUGGCGGUUCAGGUACUCUUACUGGAACAGUAGCCAGAGCUAUGUGAUGACCAAAGGCUGGAGCCGGUUUGUCAAGGACAAGAAGCUUGAUGCUGGUGACAUUGUGUCCUUCGAGCGGAGUGUAAGGGACUCAAAUGUCUUGUACAUUGACUGGAAACGCCGCCCUCCGCCUCCUCUACCGCCUAAUCAAACCUCUCUCUGGGGAGGCGGAGGGCGAUUUUACUCGCUGCAGCGGCCUCCACUAAUGUCAAUGCCACUACGGCAUCACGAGCAUUUUCAUUACAACAUUCACCAUCCAUACCAUCACCAGUAUCAGUAUCAUCAGAUGAACCCCUACCAAUUGCAGCAGCAGCAGCAACAACAACAAUACUACCACCACAGGGGAAUUAGUCCCGCCGUGGUGAUUGAUUCAGUGCCACUGGUCCAACAUCAUCACCAUCACCAUGGUAAAAAUAUGAGUCCUACUACUAAUAAGCGGCUUAGGCUGUUUGGUGUGAACAUGGAGUACAGUCCAAUGCAAGAAGAUGAACCAGAACAAUGUCAGAUAUUGUCUUCCACAGUGGCUUCGCUCUCUCCACAUCAGCAUCAUCAUCAUCAUCACCUUCCUUCUUCUUCGCUUUCUCAACCUCUGGAGUUAAGGCUGCCCAAUUAUGCUGCCCCACUGGCCGGUUCAGCGGAUCAGCUGCUUUCUGAAAAGGGAAAAUCUACUUCCUUGUCGUUUUAUUUGGAUCCCUAACCUGCAUUUGAUGAGGCUUAGUUCAGAUACAGGAAAACCUGCUACUUCCUUGUCGUUUAUAAUUGUCUUUGAUCAUUAGGAACUAUAUUAUAUAUAAAACAAAGUGAUAUAUGAAUUAGCAAAUCAAUUUCUUUACAGCAAUAUAUAUUACCGGUUCUACUAGCUAGUAGUUGAUACUAUGCACUUUGAAUA